GCCACUGGGGGAUGAGAGGAGGCGAAGGCAGCAGCCAAAAGCAUAUGCUAAACAAACACUUCCAUCAGGGCUUGCCUUUGCUAGAGGCAAUGGUGUGUUGAUGGUCUGAGCCGCUCCCCUAACGUCAAUGAGCCAUCACCCUCCCUGGUGAUGUCAGAGAGGCCUCAGCGCUCCGACCGGAUUGGCUGGGUCUGGCUUUCAGGGGUUGGCUCUGAGGAAAGGUGAAUGUGCAAGGAAGCAGCUGUGGAGAGGUGUGUGUGUGGUGUGUGUGUGUGCAGAGUCAGAGUGUCUGCAAGCAGGCACAGACAGUUGGGCUCUGCUCCGGCAGGGGAGUUCUCCUUCCUUCAGAAAUUGAUCAACACAAGCCAACAGCAGGGGCUGGAUACUUUAGAAAGGGACCCUGGCUUUUCCUAUUCCUGAGGAGUGGAGUCACAAGAAGGAAGCAGGAGAAACAAGAAAAAAGGGUGGGAGGAGUUGUGCAAUUUGAUUUCAUUUUCCUGAAUUACAAGUGAGCUUGGGACACCUAAAUCUGAUAUGCCAACUGAAAUUUCUCACGCAGAGAGAAUGCAUGCCAUCUCCGGCUUCCAUUCCUCACUGACAGCACGACUUCUCAACAAAGGUCCAGAGUACCUUCGCAAACAGAUGGAGGCGGGCAACCCGGGCAGGAAGAGUGCCGUGGAACGACUGGCAGCGGAUAAGGCCAAGUAUGUCAAAAGUCAGCAGGUAAUCAGGACUAAGCACGAACCAGCAGUGGUUACAGCACUCAGCUCGGGUUCAGAGAGCAGCAGUGAGACCUGUUCAGUGGGAAGCAAGAAAGCCAGCAAUGUGGCUGAGGAGAAGAGUGCCGAAUCCCAAGUUAACCCCGCCAUGGAUUCUGGCCCUGCUCCCCUCGAGCGUGGCCCUCCAAUCGUGAGGCGCAGCAGUGGCAAGAGGCAGGUGAGGCCGGACUCCUUAGUGAUUUACCGCCAGAAGUGUGAGUUUGUGAGAGGUCAAAGCCAGGAGAGCACUCGUGGGAGUUUGGUCAGAAGGCUAUUCCAGGGCUCCUUCAAGGAAAAGCAGCUGAUUUCUGAGGCAUCCAAAGCCAUGGUCAAGGAAGAUAUCUCACCUGAAGUGGACAGGGCUGAAAUGGUCAAAGAGGUGAGUCAGAACCUUGACUUGGCAGGACAGACUGUGCCUCCAAAGACAGGUCCAGCCAUGAUUCUCACCAACAGGUGUGAGAAUGCCCCUACUCUGACUACGGCACCUUAUGAGGUCAAGGAGGUAAGGCGGAAAGGUCUUCAUCGCUCCCAAUCGGACAUUAGUUCUCGGUACUCAAAAUCUUUCUCGGAAUUUGACACUUUCUUUAAAUACUGUGGUCUCGAACCCAAGGUAAUAGAGGACCUUGGCCAGGAGAACUUUUCUGUGGCUUCCGACAACUUCUCCUUUCGGAUCCGCAGCAUCAGCAUGGCCACAUCCGAAAGUGACUUCACGAGACACAGUGGGGAUGACGGACUCCUGGAAGAAGAACUCACAGAACAGGUUCCUACCAGCACUUCGGUGAUUGAGCGCAAUGCUCGGAUAAUCAAAUGGCUGUACACCUGCAAGAAAGCCAAGGAAGCAAAUGCCGUGCUACAGGAGUUUGCAUGAAGAUGGGUUUCUUUGGAACACAGAGUGGCCAGGUGGAAAUAUUCCCUGAAGGAAAGAUUAAGCUAAACACAUGGACUUGCCACAACUAUUUCUAGAACUCUGGCUUAAAUUUGCAGUUUGCAUUCCACCAAACAGCAAUUCUUUGUCAAAGACCAAAAUGCAACUUGAAGCUGAGGAUCAAGACCAACUCCUUUAAAAUCAGGCCUGACAGGUGCAGAACUAGAAGCUGUUGUCCCCCGUCCCCCUGUUCCAUCAUAAUGUAUAAAGACAAUGGGGGUGUUGAUCCAUAUGCAGAACUUGCUUUCAAAAAAUUGAGACAAUUUCUUCAACUUGAUAACAUGUGCGGUUAUGUGUGAGAAAUAUAUGUGUUUAUUUUGUGGUAAACAUGAUAGGAAACUGCUAUCAGAACAUUUCCUGGAAACCCCCCCCCCUUUUGGGGGGGGGGAGGGAUGGGAAAUUGCUAUGAUUUGUGUCUUUCCAAUCCAUGUAUACAUGUAGAUGACAACCUAGUGCAUGUAUAUAAGUACUGUAUAUGCAAAAUAAAUCCUGGUUGAUAUCCCAAUUUUGCUCCUGCCAGCAAAAGGGAGAAAUUGACUUUGGUUUCCCCUGUAGAGACCUCAACUUUCUAAAAAAAAAUUGUUCCAGAAUUAUGAUAAAUUUUCUGGAACUACAAGGAGCUACAAGGAAAAGACAAAUGGUUGGAAAUUAGCUUAUUAUUACCCCUUCCAUCAAUAAUAUCCUAUGCUGUAAUCUGAUUCUGUUUAUAAACAAAAUGAUCCCUUUUGUUCAUAGAAAUCUAGUUCAAAUGGGAUCCAAACUGUUGUCCAUUUGUAGUAUAUUUGGACUGCCCAAUGACAAAAUCACAAUCUUCAUUCCUAACAGAAAUGAAUACGAAAAUUGCAGUCCUGAUCAGUCACAUAGCAAAUUAUGAAAUGGCUCUCCUACAUGCUUUAAAAAAAGGAUAAAAUGGGGGACAAUAAUGUUCAUAAGUACAUUUGUAAAGGCAGAGCAGUGUCUCUAGGAAAUAUUCUUGAAAAAUGUGGCUGGCAGAAUGGAUACAGUUAGAUAUACUGCCUUAAACAGAAUCAGCUCUAUACCACCAUUUUACUUCAGCUUGGAUCUCUCCGGGGUUCAGGGGGUAAUAUGCCUCCUACCAGCCUAGGUAGUCAUGGCCAAUAUUCAGGUGUUUUAGGUGGGGACUGUACUGCCCACAAAAACAACUGAAUGACAUCUGAUUAGAGAAAAAAAACUGGUAGUGGCUCUCCAGGAUUUCAGAAAGGGAUUUAUUAUGGGACCUUCCAAGUGAUGCCAGCAGUAGUACCUAGGACCUUCAGUGUACAAAGCAGGUGCCCUGCCCUUAAGCCAUAGCCCUUCCCAUUCAUUGCUCAGACGCUUUCUUUUGUCACCCUCCCUUCAUAUCAUGGAAUUAUCAUGGUGCCAUAAAAGCCAGUCCUUAAAACUAAGAGAUGAUCCCAGAUGGAAAUCAAUGUGACAGAAGAGGUUUAGAUGAACAAGUAAAUUGCCAAAUGGCUCCCUUCCUUGCUGUUGGCAGCAUUUGCUGCUUAUGCACAGGGCCCAACCAACCAUAAGGGUGAAAUUGCAUCAAACGGUAGUUUUAGAAACAAGAAAACAAUGCACACUGUUAAAAUAACACCAUGUGUAUAAUCUCCAGAGAAAGAGAGAGUGAGAGUGCUAAAAUGGAAGACAAAAUAUUUGGUCUAGGUAUGCCUAUAAGCACGUAAUUGGGGUAGUAGUUACAGUGUCUAUAAAAAGAUGGCUUCAGACUAUGGUCCUUGAAAUAAGGUUUCCUUGCCACUUGGGAACAGCUGUCAUUUCUGCAACAGCAAACCAGCGCAAACAUGUUCUUUGUUUGUCCCCUCUUUCUCUCACACACACUAAUACACCCGUAUACAAACACAUCUUGGUUUAAUGUGUUGUUGAAGGCUUUUAUGGCUGAAAUCACUGGGUUGCUGUGAGUUUUCUGGACUGUAUGGCCAUAUUCCAGAAGCAUUCUUUCCUGACGUUUUGCCUGCAUCUAUGGCAGGCAUCCUCAGAGAUUGUGAGGUCUGUUGGAAAUUAGGUGAUGAGGAUUUAUAUAUCUGUAGGAUGUUCAGGGUGGGAGAAAGAACUCUUAUCUACUUGAGGCAAGUGUGAAUGUUGCAAUUGAGCACCUUGAUUAGCAUUGAAUUGCCUUUCAGCUUCAAGAUCUGGCAGCUUACUGCCUGGGGGAAUCCUUUGUUGGGAAGUGUUAGCUGGCCCUGAUUGAUUCAUGUCUGGAAUUCCUGUUUUCUGAGUGCUUCUGGAACAUGGUCAUACAGCCCGGAAAACUCACAGCAACCCACAUCUUGGUUUUCAGGAAAGAUAGAUGAGAAUUUUGGGAUGGGUGACUGUAUUAAUAUUACUCUGACUGGUGUUGCUAUAACUUCUUAUCAAGUCAUGUGAUGCUUAGUCAGGGAGUGAGAGAGAGGUGCAUGUUUCAACAUUCCACAGAUGGGGCUAGUCAGUAAGUCGAGGUUGGGCUGUCAUGCUCAAACUGGUAGGACAGAAUGCAACUCGUGCUUUAAGACUGAUAUCAGCUGUCAUGCCUGGAUAACUCUGACCCACCAAUUCAUCAUCUUAGAAAAAGGUUUGAUCUUUGAUUCAUAAUUCUUGGCACUCAUGUUCUACUGAGACUACUUUCAGUGAUAGUGAUAGCUUUAUGAGACGCAUGGGUAUCUUUUAUUGUAAAGGAGUGUUCCCCAGACACUCAGCUCCAUUCAAUAUAAAGAUAUCUUUUUUUUCUGCAGAAGACUUUCAUUAUGUUGACCACAUUAUCAUCUCCACAUUAUCCAGUAUUUGCUUUUGAGUUGAAAAUUCAGUCACUUGCAGGCUUAAUUCCUUACUUUGAGGCAGGCAUUCUAGUCUGCUUUAAAUAUUUCUCCAGUUGAAGGAAAUGGUCUCCACGUCCAUUCCUUUAUGUAUCCACAGAUCAAAGCUCAGUGUUGAAAUGAUGACCAACCACAUUUUGUAUUGAAGAUCUGAUGUUUAGAUCUGAUUGUAUGGUAGCAGGGGGUGAUUUAUUUCCUAAUUUAUUUUAUUUCAGUGUUGGUAAGAUAAGACUGGAUCUAUACAGCUAUAUAAUCCAGAUUAUCAAAACAGAUCAACUGGAGUUUAUUUGUCAGUGUAAAUGGGGCCUAAUUCAGCACUUUAAGUGCUUAUUAAUACUUGCAUAUAAAGUAGUCUCUCACUUAUCCAACAUAGACGGGCCGGCAGAACAUUGGAUAAGCGAAUAUGUUGGAUAAUAAGGAGGGAUUAAGGAAAAGCCUAUUAAACAUCAAAUUAGGUUAUGGUUUUACAAAUUAAGCACCAAAACAUCAUGUUCAACAACAAAUUUGACAAAAAAGUAGUUCAAUAUGCAGUAAUGCUACGUAGUAAUUACUGUAUUUAUGAAUUUAGUACCAAAACAUCACAAUGUAUUGAAAACAUUGACUACAAAAACAUUGACUACAAAAAGACAGACUUAUCCAACAUUCUCUUAUCCAAUGUUCUGGAUUAUCCAACGAAUGUUGGAUAAGUGAGACUCUACUGUAAAUACAAAAACGUGUGUGUGUGUGUGUGUGUGUGUGUGUGUGUGUGUGUGUGAAUCACAAGAUUAUUGCCCUUGGUAGCUGAUGGUAAUAAGCUGUUUAACUUGUUUUGACAGUUUUGAAUAUAUUAUAUCUUACUCCAUUUGCAUGUGUGUCUGUUUUAAAAUGUACAUAAUAAUUUCUCACAGUGUGUCUUUCUUUCAAAUUGGUUUGCUGCUUAGAGGAUUCCCCCUUCCUUUAACAGAAUUUUUUUUUUGUGGUAUUCAGCGUUAUCCAAACUGCCUAUGCAUAUUUGUGAAGUGAGUACAGUUUUCCACUGUAGUUAGUUUCAUUACAUCUCUGUCAUUAAGACUGAUUCCUACCUCGAGAAGAAUGCUGCUAACAAGGUAGGAAACUUAACAUAUAGCAUUAAUGUGUUUUUAAAAACAACUUCUAUUUUCAAGGAUCGUUUUUCAGAAAGGUAACUCUCCGUAUAUGCCCUUGCACACUUUACAGACUAUGAUACCAUUAAAUAUUUGUGUUUUACUGGAAAGCUAGUGAUGGAGAAUAAAGAGGAAAUGUAGCUCCAUAGAAAGCUUUUAGGUUUAUAUGCAUAUGAGUUGUUAUAUGUGCACAUGAAAAAUGCCUGUAUUUGCAAACAUAUAUCUUGUCGUACAGGGAAAUUCAUGGGGUGAGAUGAAGCAAAAACUCAAUGAUCAGCCCAGGUUUGAUCACAUUAACCACUUCAUGUAAACCCUAAUGCAGAAUGGGAAGGGACCAGGAUCAUGGAUGUUGGCCCUGCCCCACACAACAUUUUAAGCACUUUUUCACACAUUUGCAGACUGUAAACAGACUGCAAGUCCAUGCAUGUUAAAUGCAAGUAAGCUUUUUUCAGUACCUCCCCUGAAACCAUAUGCACUGAGAACAGAGCUAUUGUGGUUUCUCUUGUCUCUGUCCACAUAGUCACUCCACAUGGUCUGCCAAAAUCUGCUACAUGAAAGGGGCAUCAUUUGUCCUUACUAUGUCUCAUGAAGAUUUGAUAACAACCCGAAAAAUGGAUAAAAACAAGAACAUUAGCAACAUUUUGCUUUCCAUAUAUUUUGGUCUACCACCCCCAGCUCCCUCAUGCAGUACAAAGUCCAGAGCUUGUACAGAUGUAGUCUGAAACAUCUGGAAGGCAGUAUCUUUCCCAUUCCUAAAUAAGAAUAAAUACUGGAGGGAAAAACAGGACAGAGAGGUGAGAAUAAGUCCAAGCUUAGAGCAUCCAUACUUCACAACCUCUGAGGAUGCCUGCCAUAGAUGUGGGCGAAACGUCAGGAGAGAAUACUUCUGGAACAUGGCCACACAGCCCGAAAGACAUACAACAACCCCUUAGAGCAUCUGUUUGCUAUAAAACGGGAUUGCUUGGAAGAAUUUGUCAAGGUUUCUCUUUAGAUGCAAAAUUUUCAGAAACAUUUGAGAACUCAGAGGUAGACAGUCUGACUAGAUGUUCAGAAACUUCCUUGUCUCUGACUUAUGGCCAAAUGAAAACUAAAUAAUUUUGCACAAUUGGCUGUUACACACUCAGUUAUGGUAAUUGCCAGAUUUGUACCCAAAACUAUUUCCUUCACUGUGAAAAGGGUACAGUGUACACUGAUACUACUUUACGAGGGAGUAGGUACAAAGUCCAGCCUUAUGAGUGGACACUGAUAUUUGCAAUAAAAGCCUUGUAUGACCCAUGCAGUAUAAUGGAAAUAAUAAAUACAGGAAUGCCAUAUGUCGAAUAUGUCACAAAAUGGCUAAGAAAGGGUUGUUAAAGGGAAUGCACACAUACAUACACACCACAAUGUUCCUAAUUCAAGACAUGUCAUCGUCUGGCAUUUCUAAGAAGAAAAGAAGAUAUUGUUGUAACCAACAUUUCUGUUCACAUAGUUUUGAUAUUUUUUUCUUUUUAAAAAACUAUUUUAUUUGUAUAUAAAAUAAACAUAUAUGCAUACAAACUAA